CGGCAGCCCUGCACAGAGCAGAUGUGCGCAGGGGAGGGAAAUGCUUUCGGCUGAACCCAAAAACUUUUGAGACAGCUCACCGCCCGCAAAUGAGUAAAUGAGGCCAAAAUGCCCAAGUCAGUUUCUCUUCAGCAGAGAGAUAAGGGUUUGAACAUGAGUACCCAGCCACACACUGUGACCAAAGUAGAGAUCCCUGGCUAUGUUCUUUAUGCUGUAGGAUCGUGUGUGCUCAUUAUUGGCUCCAUUGGCAUCAUUGGAAACCUCCUAGUCCUCUAUGCAUUUUACAGCAACAAGAAGCUGAGGACUCCCCAAAACUACUUUAUAAUGAAUUUAGCUGUGAGUGACUUCCUGAUGUCGGCUUCUCAGGCGCCCAUGUGCUUUGUCAACAGCUUGCACAGAGAAUGGAUACUUGGAGACAUAGGCUGUAACUUGUAUGCUUUCUGCGGGGCUCUCUUUGGGAUAACCUCCAUGAUGACUCUGCUGGCUAUCUCUGUUGACCGCUACCUGGUGAUCACAAAGCCCCUGCAGUCCAUCCAGUGGACUUCCAAGAGACGCACCGUGCAGGUCAUCGCUGCAGUGUGGCUCUACUCACUGGGAUGGAGCGUGGCUCCACUCCUCGGCUGGAGUUCCUAUGUGCCUGAGGGCUUGAUGAUAUCCUGUACAUGGGACUAUGUAACCUACUCCCCUGCAAACAGAAGCUACACCAUGAUCUUAUGCUGCUGUGUAUUUUUUAUCCCCCUGGUAAUAAUAUUCCACUGCUAUGUAUCGAUGUUCCUGGCCAUAAGGCGUACUGGCAGAGAUGUUCAAAAGCUGGGGUCCUGCAGCCGGAAAUCCUACCUCUCUCAGUCCAUGAAGAAUGAGUGGAAGCUGGCAAAAAUUGCUUUUGUGGUCAUCAUUGUGUUUGUCUUGUCCUGGUCUCCAUAUGCUUGUGUCACCUUGAUAGCCUGGGCAGGUCGAGGCAACAUCCUGACACCAUAUUCCAAAUCUGUGCCAGCAGUUAUUGCCAAAGCUUCUGCAAUCUACAACCCCAUCAUAUAUGCAAUAAUUCACCCAAGAUACAGAAAAACCAUCCACAAAGCUGUUCCCUGCUUGAGGUUCCUGAUACGAAUUUCGAAGAAUGACCUCCUGAGGGGAUCCAUAAAUGAGUCAUCACUCAGGACCUCUCUCUGCAGCCACCACUCUCUUGCUGGCAGGACCAAGAGCACUUGUGUUCCCUCCGUUUCUACUGGAGAAGCUACCUGGAGCAAUGUAGAGCUUGACCCUGUAGAGCCAGCUCAAGAGAAACUGAAGCCUCGCCGAAGUCAUUCUUUCUCCACAAGUCCGAGACAAGAGAAGAGAGACCCGCUCCCAAAGACGUGCAGCUGUGAUGCAGCCACUGCCGAAAAGGUUUCGCUUUCCUCCAGCUGUUUGGAGAAGGUGUUUGGGCAGCCUGUCCUACCCAGUUCCUCUGCAGCACUCGUUACCAGCUCCCAGAGAGCAACUUCUCUGCCUAUCAGAUUGAAUAGCAGCAAUGUCACCAGAGGAGACUCGAGCACUUCCCAUAUGGCAACUCAAGGAAGUCAAGCAAAUGGAGUUGUGGAUUCUGUCAUUAGAAAUGCAGUCCCUCGCAUCAUCAUCAUUCCUACCUCAGAGACCAAUCUGUUUCAGGAAGAACUGGAAGAGACUGAAUUAUUCCACUUUCAUGACAAAAAGGGCAAUCUGCUGGACUUGGAAGGGCUUAGCUCAUCCAUGGAGUUCCUUGAAGCUGUUGAGAAAUUUCUAUCGUAAGUUUGUCAAAAGAAAACUUUCCGGCAAUUAUUUUCUUGGCAUCUUCUCCACUUAAUUAUACCAAAUAACUGAAGCCUUGUAGGUUAGAUCAUCAGAUUUUUUUUGUAUGUUUAUAUGGUAGUCACUAGGCAGCCUUCAGAUUUAUCUUUGUCCAAACCAGCUCAGGCAUGGAAACAGGCUUUCUUUCAGAUUGUGCUGCAGGAAAUGAGCAGUGGAAGAUCUGGCAGCACGAUCAAGUGGCAUUGGUCAAGGAGGACGCCUGAUUUGUUGCCACUGAUGGGGGUGCCAGCAGAAGGGAAAAGCACUGACCGAGAGCAGGGUCAGCUGCUGAAUGCUUCUGCUAUCUGCACACGGAACAGCCUUUCUGUUUUGGCAGCUCUGCUCUGGACAGGGAUGGGAAGCACUGCAAGACUGCAACUUCCACCAGCCCCAGCAGUAAGGCAGAUGGCUACAUGACCUCAGCUUCAGUUUUAUCAAAUAAUUCUCAGCAUUGUUUUUGCUGUGUUUUAGUUUUUAAAUAGGAUGCUUGCUAAACAUAAAGAAAGAAACUGGUGGAUUUUCACUGGGAAGUGACUGCUUCCCAGCUUCUACUCCUCUGAAGUUUAGUGGUAGAAAUCUGGAUUUUACCUCACCAUUAGCAUGGUCACCUAAAUGUCAAAAUGUAAGGUGCUAUAUGCUAAAACAUACACUACUGUAGCAGCAUUCAGAGUACCUUCAGAGUUACAGUCCUGAUUAAAUAUAUAUGUAUCCUAAUGAGCCUAUGAUUGAAAGGGUGAAUGGUCACAGCUGGCUUGACAAGUCAUUGACAAAAAUAAAGCCUUGGCUGCUGUAUAUCACUUGUCUGUUCAGAGGAGGUUCUUCUCAUCUCCUCUAAAACAAACCAGCAGAUGUCUUUCACGGGUCACUUACCAGAGGCCUUCAGAAUGGGUAAAACAUUAUCUUGGGAAGAGAACCACACUGUACUGUGGUGUUUGCUACAGGAUCUGCUUACAUCAUUAUCUAUGGUUACUAAAUGUGCUCAUUUUAUCUGUGCUUCACAUUAUGGCUCAGGCUCACAGGACUCUCUUAGCAUUUUAUUCCUAACUGCACUCUUCCUUUUUUUUUUACUCAUUUUCCCAUUUCUCCACGUCUUCCCUUUCAGUCUCUGAUUUUCAAACAUAGACAACAAGUUGAACAAGUUGUACCACAUUGUUCUUCACAUAAUAUCAAUAUAUACUAGUAGAAAUCAGGUGUUCCUCUGGCUAUAAUAGCGCAAAUAUUUGGUCCAGGGAGACUAAUAGCAUUCAAACAUUCUAACUAGAGAGUGAAAGUUUAUGUUCAUAGUCUCAGUUUAUUUCCUUGGCUGUAUCCUAGAUUGUGCGGAGACCAAUGAGAUAAUUUCCACGUUUUGUGUAUUUCACUGGCUGAUCUCGGGAAGUAAUUUCUCUUUGCCUGGUUUCCUGAUGCAAAAACCAGAUGGGAAAUGUAGAAGUGUUUUUAAUUACCUUUUUCGUUACAAAAAAAGGCAACACAAAUCUUGUUUGCAACAAGCUAGACAGGAAGAUCGCUAAAGAACAAAUUAAAACCCAGAGCAAUACAGGAGAGAGAAGAAUGCCUCCAAACUUGCACACCUGAGGCUCUGCAAGGUGCCAGACCCUUGAGAGGACUGAGAUGCUUGCAUUUGAUAUAGACUGUACAAUUUUUAGAAAAAUUAAAAAAAAAAGUCACUGGUGGGUUACAGCUGUGACAGGCUGCCUAAUGCAGUGCUGACACUCUUAAUGCUGCUAUUAUUUGAGGUGCUCUGCUGACUGGAGACCCUCAUAGUUCUCACUGUGGAAAGCAGGGAGGAAAGGGGGAGUGGAGCCCCAUCAUGCCUGUGGCUGCCUGUGUGUAGCCCUGGUUUGUGGUGCUGGAGGACCAAGGCUCAGCUGGGGCAGCACCACGCUGUGAUUCCUGCAGCCAGGGUGCCAAACCCUGUGCCCACUGAGUGCCGAGGUUUCUGUUGGGGCCAGGAAUCUGCCAAGGUCAUCUACAAUGAGCUCAGCAAUUCCAAGGGGAAUUCCUCCAUUUGAGGACUGGUACAGUGAGCAGACAACUGUUGGGGACAGGGACGUGCUCACUUGCAGUUCCACAGUGCCAGGUUUUCAUCCACUGCAUAGUUUUGGCCACAACGAGUAAUCAAAUGUUAAUUAUGUAUUAUGUUCAUGGGAAAUGGGGCAGGCUUAGUCCUAGUCUAAACAUACUGUCCAACCCUUUUGGAUUCUUGUCUUUUUUUUUUUCCUGAACCUGCCCUCUGAUUUUUUUUUCUACACCAACUGUGCAGUCAGUGACCUUACUUCUUGCAUUUAAUAUGCUCAGUUGCUGUAUUUGUUUCCUUCUUGAGCCAGAUGUUAGGAAGCAAGUGUUCUUUCAAGGCUUCCAAGCCUUAGACCUGACUUUUACUAUUGUAGUUACUCCAAACAACUAUAGAAAAUGCAUUUGGUGUUCCAUGUUAUAAAAACAUGUUUUGGAGUAGAUUUUGCACUCAGAUUAUGACAGACUUAUACUGGGAAGGCUGUAGGCAGGAUGAAGAAUGGAAGACCUGAAGUUAUAAUCAACAGAUUCCUCUGUAUCUGAAGUUCUGCCUACAAGAAGGCUCUCCAGUAAUCUCUUGUAUGUGUUUGGUGCUAUUACUGUGCAGGUACUGUGAGCGUGUCUCAGAAAAUUAACAGGCUUGAGGUAUGUGCAAACAAUGUUUCAUUUUUAUGCUGUUAGUGUCCUACACUGUUAGUACCAUUGCUUUGGAAGCUACUAUCAAGAUUACUGCUUAUUUAAACUGAUCCAGGCUAAAAUAUCAAAUGGUACAACGGUAGAGAGAUAAAACAUGAAGUUGUAUGAAAUACCAAAUAGACUUACUGCAGUCACUGUGACACUUCUGCAGAAACAUCAGUAAUAGAGUAAAUUAGUCUCACAUUGAGUACCACAAUGCAGGAGAAUUUUGCAAGCUUCUCUGUUGCCACGUUAGAAUAGAUGGCACAUAAAAAUGUACUAAUUAAUGUUGCUUAAGAUUUCACAAAGGAAUGUAUCAGUUCACUCAAAUUGAAUAAAAAAUUCUUAGCAGUUAAA